AUGAACGUGGACAAGGUGACGGAGCACAUGACCCCUCAAGGCGAAGGCCAAAAUGAGCCCUCGAGAAUUUCCUUUUACAUCGUUCUCGGCUCUCUGACCCUCUCAGUGCUUAUCAGCAUUUUGCAUCAGCUUAAUCGGUAUUUAUUUACCCAAUUGUCUUUUGAUUUUCUAAUUUUUUCUAAAUAUAAUUUUGAAAAAAUGUUUUUCACCAGCAACGCAAAAUGAUUACUUCACUAAAUAGUAAAUUUCGGACAAAAGGCUGGACAAGAAAAAGAAGCUCAAAAUCAUUGGCGGUUUAAAGAGACGUCCGAUUGAAGGAAAAAAAAAAUCGCAUUUUUCAAGAAAAAAAAAAUGGCGGUGAUUACACCGACGCGGUUCAAUUCUCGAAUUAAAAAAAAAUUUUUUUCAGUUUUUACAAGAUGAAACGGUGGGAUGAAAUGGAAAGCUUCGAUUCCAAAUUUCGCUCGGAACAGCACUUUGUGAGUUUUUGCAUGGAUUUUCAGUAUUAAUUUGUUUAUGAAAAUGGCUCAGGAAAAGUGGUACAUGCAAGAAAUGCUGGAUAAAGAGGAAGAAUUGCGACGUAAGAAGGCCGUCGAAACGUUACAAAGAAGAGAUAAAGAAAGGAUAGCGGAGCUUUUCAGCCAACAUAGGAGAACGGACAAAAAGAAAGAAGAAGAGGCCAAUAAAUGA